AAUUAAUUUAAAAUAAUUAGCUGGCGAGGACAAAAUUAUCGUUAUAAUUCCAGCGUACCUUUCAGUAUAUUUUCCAUACCCAGGGUACUUUUAACUAUACUUAAGAGUUACUGAGCCAAUGACCAAUGGAGCCUUAGUAAAUGCUGGGCUUUUUUCCCUAUUUUUGUGAAGCGGCCUAGGCUCUUAAAUUUUGUGAAAAAAUGAGUUGCCAACUUAUUUUUUCUUGCGAAAAUUGGAGUAACAAACUUUUUUAAGUUUAAAAAAUUUGAGCAGCAAAAUUCUCAAAUUAAAAAUAAAAUAAAAACAAUAGACAUUGUUUUGAAGGAAAAAAGCUCUGAAAUGAAACCAGCCAAUAUUUUCUGACAGUAAUGCAUUUUUGUUUAAAUUUCAAACCAACCAAAUAGUUGUAUACACCAAUGUUCAACGGGACACAAGGACCGUUACUUUCAUAAAUUAUACCACACCUCAGACAUUUUAAUUGGAUAUUUUCAAGGUCCGAGGUCUUUGCCUGGGUUGCUUUGUCUAUAUUUCUGUCCUGCAGAGCAUAACUUUGGUAAUUAAGGGAUAAAUUUCAUGUGCAUAACUCAUUAAGUAUUAAAGGUAUUGAAAUGGAACUUGGUAUAAUGAUAAGGCACAUUUAGAACAAUUGCACAGUACAAGAACAGCAACUCUCUUAUCAGUAUGUUUGGAAUUAUUGCCCUUGGGUUAUGUUUGUAUGGUCCAUUGUAUUGUGCAUAAGUAGUGUUUUUUUCAACAUUUUGGGAAUGGGGCCGGGUCCCUUUGGAUUGGGAAAAAAUGCAGCGUUUUGACUAAAAUUGGGAAAUAAGAGUUCUUGUUGUUUUGCUUACAAAUGCUUCAAAAUUGAGAAUGAAGGUGUUUUCAAUAUCAUAUUUACUGAGGUCCAACUUAUAGAGCUUAAUGGGGCCGAAUUUGAAAGAAAAAAACCACACUGAUAACUUAGGAAGUAAUAAAGGGUCUUGGGAUUAAAAUGAGGCAAUGUAAUGAUAGAAGAAAUUAACCAUAAAUCUCUCAUCCCUAUUAACAUAGUAAUUGCCCUUUAGUGAAUUUACUUGGAUGUAGCAUAACACCCUUAGAAAUUAAGAUAUUUUAAUGAAACUUGGAGAAUUGAUAUGGGACAUUGAGAGAGAGUGCAUAGUACAACAACUCUCUUAUCAAUAUUUUUGGAGUUAUUGCCAUUAUCUAAUUAUAGUACACUGAGAUGUGUGGUGCAAAACUUAGGAAGUAAUGAAGGGAUUCAACUGAAACUUCAUGUUAUGAUAAAGGGCAAGAUCAAGCCUUCAACCCAUCCUAUUUUUCCUACUUUUCCUACUUUUUCCUACUUUUUCAUUUCCUUCCUACUUUUUCCUGUUUUUGCACUAAAACCUCCUUCUAUUCCUACUUUUUGCUGAAGACAAAACAAAACAAUUUUUUGUAAGAUGUAUUUUCAAAUGUAAAAGCUGUAAAAAUGACAAGUUCCUGUUGAAAAAAGGUGUGGCAAGCAUCUCCAGCCAUCUUAUGUAAACUGUAGUUUUUAAGCUGGGUGCUGUGAGAUGAUCUCAAUAAUGCUAACAACAUUAUAAAAACGUGUUUCUGUAAUUAAGUAACUAAUAAAAUAAAAUAAAAAAAAAACAUUUUUGGCUGUGAGCAUCAGAUGUCCGCACCUUUCAACUACAGAAGCGUGGCAUGUAUCAGCAACUGAGAAAUCUACAACAAAUUAGCUUUCUGAAAGGUAACCACAUAUCUGAAGCAAACAUGGAUAAGGCAGACUAUGUUAAUGAUUCUGCAAGUGUUGUGACGGACACAACUGUGGACUCAGAUGUCACUAGACAAGCUUCCCCGAAAUUGUUGAACAAUUUAAAAGGAUUGAUGAAUACGCCUGGCAGAUGUUCAACAAGCAAAGAUGCCUAUACACAAUCAACAGCAACCUCUCCAUUGAUACCAUUUCAAGUUUGUAAUACAAAAGCAAUGGACCAGUAUACAGACAGCAGCUCAGAGAUGUCAGAGCCCUUGAUACCUUUGAUAUCUCAGAGAGCAGCCAACAUAAUACUAUCAGGGUGUCCUGCAAUCUCCACACAUGUUGUACAGACUAAUUGCCAAGAGGAACAGUUUGAGGAAAGCCAGAGUCUACUUCCACAGGAACCAUCUAAAACACCAGGACAUGAAAGGCAGUACUUCAGCAGCAUAUCCACACAGAACCCUAGCAACCAGGUAUUGUUUCUGAAGGGUCUGAAACUGUCUCAGUCCACUGGAAGUUCACAAGCAGCUGAUUCAAGUGGAUCCAAAUCAAAGAGCAAUAAAUGUUUGAAAGAAAAUAAAGAAAAAAACUCCACAAACAAUAACUGCUUUUACCAAAAACAUUCAUUUGAACAAAAAAGCAAGCCUAAAUACAAAACAAAAACUAGUGAUGUUCAGUACUUUAACAAAAAAGGGAAUCCAGAGUGCAAUAAUGAGACAGAAGUGGGUUUUUACAGCUCACAGAGAUCUACUGGUGCAACUGUAGACCAAGCAGAACACAUAGAUAGGUUACAAAGCAGACUAGAACGCCUUGUUGACACACUGGAUAAAGUUCCUCGAAAACAGAUGCUGGUAAUAGAAGCCUCUGUAAGCCAGUGCAUCAGCAGUUUACAGAAAAAUAUUCAUGGCAAGCUCCAGAAAGUGGAGUCUUAUGCACAGAAUGCAGUCUUGAUCAAGAGGCUGAUCUGCACCAUACAAACCAGUUUAAUGAGGAUAACAGAGUUGCACAAAAAGGAAAAAUCAUCACUGAGCCAGUGUAUGUCCCAACAAGAACCUUCUCUCACACAGAUCAGUACAAGGUGUUCAAUCAAUGAGCCUGGCCAAGGGGCACUGGAUGACCUUGGGAAACGACAGGGCCGUGUUUUGGAGCAGCUGAAACGUCAGAAGGUCCUUGUAGACAUACUGAAGUCUCACAAGAGUUCACUAACAAAAACUAGAUGUGCAAAAACAAGACAAGUGGAUGAUGGAAAGAACACCAAAUCAAAAGAAACUAACAAGCACAUGUCUGCAACACUAGCUGGACCCAGUUGCGGCAAUCAAAUGCCAACAAUUGGUGCCAUUAAACUGGUGCAGUGUGAAAGUAGUAAAAAAGACGCUUUUAAUAUCACUGAUCCAGAUUUCAAUGAAGAGGAGGUCAAUGCAGUGCCCAGCGACAUAUAUACAAGGAAGAAAAUGGUUAUGAAUAGCUCUCAAGAUGUCACUAUUAUACCAGAUACUCAGGAAACUAUGAGAACCAGUUGCAAGGAUAUGUUCUCACAAGAUUGUUCUACACAGAGGGACAGUAAACAAAAUGAACACAGUGGUUCCAGCAGAUCCAAGAAAAUCCUCUCCAGAAAUCAAGAAAGCAAUGAUGAUGGGAAUGUAAUAACGCAAAAUGCUUCAUCUGAUAUAGAUAACAACAUAACUACAGGCUUUUCACAGCUAGAUAAGAAUGAAACGCAAGUGUCUGUGGCAGAAAUAAGGGAAGAUCAGAGUUCAUUGAUGGAGGAUGUUAAUGAUAUGUCAGUUGAGCAGGAUUUGUUUUCACCAGACCUAACUGACAAUGAAUAUGAAUGCCCUAUGAACAAAAAGGACAAGGUAGCAGUUAACAAAGUCAGUCCUAAGAAAAAUAAUCUGAAAGAUUCAGGUAAAGAAAAAAGGAAACUAUCCCAAGAGGAAGUAGAUACUUCUGUUAAGAAAAUUAAACAUGCUAUUGACACAGAUAAACUUGAUACUCAUUCACAGUCUAAUUCGAGAUCUGAAAUGCUUUGGUUAACAAUGCUUAGGUAUAACACAAGCACUGUAGCCCACUCUCUGUCUUCUAGCAAACAGGCUGUUGUACCAAGACCUGGGUCGGAAUCAACAACAAAUGUGAACACUGCAACCCUAGUAUGUGAAAGCAAAGCUGAUAAAGACCAUUGUCUAAAGAAUCUAAACCUACCUUCCAGUCUGGAUAGAUUAAGUGAAAGUAGUACUAGGAAGGAAAUAAAACAGACAGAAGACUAUGAGAGAUACCCUAUGGAUGAAAUUGAUAACAAAUUACAUAAGACUGUAAAUAAUUCACUUUCUGUAAACAGUGGAAAUAGUUCACUUGAAAUAAAAGGAGGAAAUAAUUCACUCAUUGUAAACAGUAGAGACAUCAGUCCUCAUUCGACUAUGGCUUUGCAAUCACCAGAAGCAAACAAUAGGAACAAUGUGUCUGUUACCAUGGAAACCAUGAUGUCACCUCAAAGUCAUACAUUGCCUGGAGAAACGUGGGAGAACUUGUCACCCACUUGCACUUCUAUGAGCUCAGACGUGUUUGUAGUGAAAACAAGAGAUCUGGCACAAAGAUUCAGGCAAAGAAAUGAACUGGUAAAACACAGCCAGGCCAUGCAGCCAAGUAAGGAUGGGGUGAACUCUAAUGUUGUAAAAUUGCAGCCUAGUAAGGGUGGGAUCCACUUUAAUGUUGCACAAUUACAGCCAAGCAAAGCAUCAAAUGUAAUAAUAUCUACUGUGCAUCAGGUUGAGUCAUUGAAGGGGAAAAUGAUUGAAUCAAGCAAUAAAGAUAACUGUACCAUCACUGAUGCUAUUGAUGCAGUUAUUCAGAAGUCACGAACAUUGGCUAACAAUGUGGAGUCAAACAUGAGCACAUUUGAUGGUUUUACAAAACCUAACUUACCUGACCAUACACUAUCUGCGGGUGUAUACACAGAUGUUAGAAAGUCAUUAGUCAAUACUGGAAUAGAGAGCCUUCCUAGCCUGACAAAGAUGAUCAAGUACGGUCUUCUUAUCCCAGGAAAAAAUGUGCUAAGUGUUCUCAUAAAGGACAAGGUACACAAAGCCUCGCUCACCGCUGCAGGUAAGAUACAGACCCCAGAUGGACUGGUAUAUUCAAACAGCUCUCAAUGGCUGUCAACUCUGUCAGAAGGGGCAAGCAUAAAGAAAAAGAAGGCAUAUCAAAGGAUAAUGUACAGUGGCAGAACCCUUAUUUCCAUCUGUCAGUGUCCCACUGUCCACGGUACCAAGUUUGUCCAGUCAGGAAUCAGAGGUACAAGGCAACAACUGACAACAAGCAAAGAAGUUCAGGUCAACGAACAAGAACUGCAACUGAACAAGGGGAAUGGAUUGACAGCUGAAGAAAGGCAGUUGAAUGAGAUUUUGACAAACUGUUUAGUAAAGCUCUUAAAAGACUCUGAUCUUCUUCCAAACAGUAGUUUACCAGAGAAUUUCUGGGAAGCUGAUUAUGCAAAACUGAAGUUGCCAAUUAGUUUAUGGGAAUCUGUAGAUGAUUGGUAAAAGACAAACCUUUGUGAACAACUUUUGACAACUGUGUUGUGAAACUGCUUCAGAUUUGUUGGGUACCAUACUAUUUCUUUUCAACAUAAUCAUUCUUUUCUGAAUUAUUUGACAAACUGAUUGCAAACAAAAUUUGUCAAAGAAAGUAUCCGAGUCUGCGAAAUGGAAGUUAAUGGGACCAGAAUCAAUCAAUCUUGCAGUCUUGAUCAUUAUUUAGUAUUAAGCUCACAUGAGCAUGACGUAAGCUGUUGUGGUGUCCAUGGCAUCGUCGUGCAGUGUCAAGUUGCAGCUUAUAACUACUCUAAAGGACACAUUUUUGUUCCAUCCAAUCUUAAUUAUAUUUUGUAAGAACUAGGUCCUUAAGCAAGAUCACCAGGUAUUGUUCAUUUAAAACUGUGUAACCACUCUAGAGGCCACAUCUAAAAGUUGAUGAAAAAUUGUAAACAUGUGUGAGAAAGUGUAUGUUGACAAAAUAUAGGCCAAAUUUGAAUCUUGGUAAUUUGUGUAAAAAAAAUUGGUCACGAUGUAACACAGUAGAAAAACCUCAUUAACACUUUAGAAGUUAUAUUUAUGACUUUAUGAGACAGCAUCAGAAUGUUUAUCUUGACUAUAUCCUCCAUGUUUAAUAAAAAGUUAAAAUCUUAGUACAGCGUUGUAACAGCUGUAGAAGCUGCAUUUAUUAAUAAAUCUUUGUGAAACUUGAUCAUUGUUUGUGUAUUGACAGUAACUAAGGCCAGCACACAGUUGGGUCAUGUAUGCCCAAAAACUAGGUCAUCAUGACUGUGGACUCUUAGAAUAAACGUAAAACAAAGAAGCCACAUUAAUGAAUCAAUCUUGAUAAAACAUGGUGAGAAUAAUUAACUUGAAAAUAUCAAAGCCAUGUUUUAAUCUGGUUCAUUUUGAGUAAAAAACAAGGUCACCACUUAACCCUUUUCCACACAGCAAAGUGAAAAUGGAUUUGUACAAACGUCUGUUCAGGUUUAUGCUUUUUUUGCUACUGAUCAGUAGGGAUUGAAAUGAAGCCUUUCAAACUUAAAUAUAUUAAAAAAGACUUGAAUUUUAUUUGAUUUUCUAAAGCACUUCAAAUGCGUCAAUAUGCAUUUAUAAGUGGUAAAGGGUUAAAAACUAUGGGUCAAACAGCAUAUCAGAGUGACAAUACGAGUGCCUUGAACUCAUAUGAGCCCUUAAAAGCAAUCAUGGAAAUCUAGUCUUUAAUAGAUAUGAGCUGUGCGCUGUGAAAAGGGGGUUUAAUACAUGUGCAUAAAGUGUGGUCCCAGAUAAGCCUGUGCAGUCUGCACAGCCUAAUCAGGGACGACACUUUCUGCCUAAACUUGAUUUUUGCUAAGAAGAGACUUUCUUGAAACGAAAAAUAUCAUAAAAGCGGAAAGUGUUGUACCUGAUUAGCCUGUGAAGACUGCACGGGCAAAUAUGGGACGAAACUUUACGCACAUGCUUUAAACCCCUAUUUCACAGACCAUGGUCCAUAUAAAAAAAGGCACUGAACAUUAACACCGCUCAUAAUGUAAAAUCUAUCAAAGAUCCAUGUGUAUUAAAUUGAUGCUUAUUGUUAAAUUAGUGUUCUCUUAUUUGUGUUAUGUUGCAGUUUCAAGACAUAAUCUGUUUGGUUGUAAUUAAAUAUUUGUUUCUU